AUGGACAUCAAGUUUUGCAAGACCAACCUCUCAUUGAGCACAAGGAGUUGGAUGGGAGGUUCCAAUUCAAGUUCACUCAUCCUUGGCUGGCCCUCCAAGCUUCUUCUGCCCAACCCUGAGCUCACCACGGUUCUAGGAGUGAAUGCGGAUUUGGGUGAGCCUGAGUGCUACUACUUUGAGGAGUAUGAGGCUCCAAGGAUGAACCCCUCUGUUGUGGCUGCCACAAGAGGAUUGGACUUCUCCAAAGUUCAACAAGUGGCAAGGGAAAGCCAUGGAAAGAUGCAAAAGUCCAUGGACAAGAUCAAGAGUCUUGGAGAAGAAGGUUUCUGGUUCUUCAAGCAAGAAGAAGAAGUCCAAGGCUCCCACAUUCCCUAG